AUGGUCUUCGUACCGCGUGUUCAACACCGUCAGCCCUCCUCGUUAAUGGUUCCCUCGUGGGCCAUUGCUGUCUUAGUGCAGUCAUGGCGAGGUUGUCUCUGGCGUAGUCGUUCCACGAAAAACUUGGCUAUCCUGAGGAUCGUCGGCGGCCACGAUGGUGGUCGUGACUUUGUUGUUUUAACCUCCACCGCGGGAGGCUUCCGGUUCAACGACCACUUUCGGCCUAGUCACCCGAGGUCUGCGAACCGGUCGUCGUACACCAACAACAGACGUUUGUCUAGAUUGUGUCCGUUCCGGCUCCGGCUGGCUCGACGCGUCGAUGACACGAAGGCGUAUAUCAAGCUAGGGCUCAUCUCACGUCGGUUCUGGCUGGGCCGUGACAGCCCAGUCGGGGCUAUAAGUGCCUAUCGCCGACAGGCAAUGCUCGACUUCGGUCAGGCGCGCCGGGAGUCAGGAGUUACGCGACGGCUGUUGCGGAUACGGUACUUAGGGUGGUCCCUGCGACCAACCGACGUCCGUCAUGCUCGACUGGUCCACUUCUCUCCAGUGCAAGUGUGGUCUAGAUACAUGGGUGCGCCGGGAGAUAGCACCGGAGGGCUGGCUUUGCCUCUGCCCAAGCGUCAAGACGCGAAGACACCGCCCGAAGAGCGCCAUCAAAAGACGUGCCAACGGGACGAAGAGGACACCGAAGCCACCAACGAGGUCGAAGAGGACGCCGAGACCACCGACGAAGACAAACCCGAAACCAAAGCCAACAACAAUACGGCCCAAGAGCGCUUAAGAGAUGUGCCGCCGUCGAACACCAAGGCCAGACGUGCCGACAAGAACAAGCGAACACCGGAAUCAACAGCCGUACGGCCCAAGGGCGCACAAGAUGAUGUGUAG